AUGGCUGGAGACGUUGCCAUGAACUUCGCGCCACCACAAGCAAGUGCUCCUUGGGCUGCCGUAAAGGCAGUUCUAAAAAUCCCAAUUAAACAAAUUGAGCAAAUGGCGGCCCUUGCCGGCAUAAUUCAGCUCAUCCUUGUUGACUUAUACGUUUCAGCAAUUGAGCUGUUGGCUCGAUGCGAUACUUUGAUUGAGAGCGGAGUGGUCAGACAGACGUUGAAUUCUAUUCUCCGACCGGAGCAAGUCUCAAAUCUCAUCUCGGAUCUCUCUAAGAAAGAGCAGAUAUUGUCGUACGAAAUUCAAAGUUGUGAAGCUUUACGAAAUGAAAAAGCUACAAAACAACUAGACGAAAAACUGGAAACAUUAUUGGCAAGGCUCGAUGUCACUUCAUCGCCAUUAACUCGAAUUGACAAAGAAGUCGAUAAACUGCUUGAGAAUGUUAAUAAUGAUAAGCUAGAGGCGCUUAUGGACUUUAUCAGCUCUGAACAAUUCGGAAAAGGCCACGCUACAAUGAAGGAUACAAGAAUUCAAGGCACGGGCGAUUGGCUUAUAGACCACGAAAGCUUUCGAGAAUGGCAAGCCAUCGCCUCAUCGUCAACGCUAUUAUGUCUUCAAGGAACAAUUGGUACCGGCAAAACUUAUCUCACAUCCCGUGUGAUCGAUCAUAUUAAACAAACAUUGGAAGCAUCUCCUCAUGACGAAGGAUUUGCCUUUUUCUACUGCAAUCGGUCUGGACCGUCCAUGCAAGAUCCACUUGUUGUCCUCCGAAGCUUUGUUCGUCAGCUGUCAUACAAAGCCAACAACUAUAGCUAUAUUCAAAACAACGUCAUCCAAAAAUGCGAAAAAGCAAAACAAGAAGGGAGAAGCCUAAGCUAUACAGACUGUAAAGAACUCAUCUUGGAGUCCAUGAAUCUCUAUUCAAAGACAACCAUUAUCCUCGACGCUUUGGAUGAAUCCGACAUCUCAUAUUACAAUCUAGCAGAAAUUUUCAUUAAUAUGCUGGACAAGGCCAGAAACCCAGUCAAGAUAUUUAUAUCAAGCCGUCCAGACCGAGAAUUUUUAAAUGCAUUCGAAGACAGGGCUACAAUAAUGGUUAAUAGUAGCAACCAGCAAGGCGAUAUUGAGAAAUAUCUCGAUGAAGCACUAUAUUCUACUAGAUUCUUUAGGAAGAGACGACUGGAGAUUCAAAACAUGAUAAAAGAAACAUUCAGUACCCGAAAUGGCGGAAUGUUUCGAUGGGUCCACCUUCAGACCAAAAGCCUUCGGAAAUGUGUCUCUGAUGAUGCAAUAAGAAUAUGGGCCAAGACAAUACCUCGUGAUUUAAUGGCGGCUUACGAUCGACUCUGGGAAGAUCUAACGAACCAGCACAAUGAAUGUGAUAUGGUACUCGCCGAGCGUGCCAUUAAGUGGGUGCUAUGUGCUUUCAGACCACUGAAUUCAGAGGCUCUCCUGCAAGCAAUUAGAUUUGCUUACGAAGGAGAUUGUUUAAUACAGAUUGAGCUGCAGACAGAGCAAGAAAUCUUGUCACUGUGUCAAGACCUUUUAACAAUUGAUGCGGAGAAAAAAGUAUGGAUGCUGCCACAUGCUUCUGUUGCCGAGUAUUUCGAAUCAAGGAAGUCAAAGGGCAUGGGCUUGGGAGAAUGCGACGCAUUCGUUUCUAAAAUUCAGCUCGAUUUUCUUAUGACUCCUAAGCUGGAGCUAAUUCCUAAUCCAGAUGACGACGAUCGUUGGAGACCGCUCGCUGCGGGCGAGUACGACGACUUAGACUUGUUCAAGCGCUAUGUUCAGAACAACUGGUUCAAACAUGUCCAGCGAUACGACAAGUGGCUGGGCUCAUUGGAAGGCAAAUCUCAUGAACCAGCACUCAUCUCUACUCUCAAGCGCUUCCUUGGUUCACCUGGAGAGAGCAGUGUCUAUUUCAGAAGGUGGAUGAACAGCCAAGAGCCAUACAUGAUAAAGCCAGCCAAUAUGGCCAUUUUCAUAAUGUGCCAACACGGAUUUUACUAUACUUUGCGCGAUUGGUGGGAGAAAGACAAAAUCGACCAAAAAUUGGCGCUUAAAACAUGCGAGGGAAGUCUGAGACGCAUCACUGAUUCGGUGAGUUAUACGUUAGAGCUUGCAGUCGAGGGAGGAUGCCUGCCGAUGUGCAGAUAUCUAGUGAGCGCUAUUGGCGCUAUUGGACGGCGUCAAGGAAUAUAUCACCUUGCGGCUGCAGGAGCACUAAGCAACAAAGAUAUCCUCAGGUUUUUGGUGGAGGAAGCAAAAGUCGAUUUAAACGUGCUAGUGGUGCUCCCGAACUACGCGUUGACUAUAGUCCAAGACGCGAUUAUGCAUGAUCAGACUGGUAGUACGCUGCAGUAUUUGGUGGAUCAAGGCUGGGUGAGCGCGAACCGACAGGGCGGCUCGCUCUGGGGCAAUGCCUUGAUCGCGGCAGCAAACGGCGGAAUUCCUCAAUCAAUUGAGAUUCUGCUACGAGCUGGAGCUGAUGCAAAGAUUCCUGCGGAAAGUGGGAUCUAUGGGAGUGCUCUCAUCGCAGCAGUGGCCUCUGCAAUCCCUGAAGAUAUAGCACCUUACGAGACAAAGAUCGUGACGCUCCUCAACAGCGGUGCAGACAUCAACCAAGUCCCAAAUCUUGGGAUAUUCGGCAGCGCUUUGGAAGCUUUUAUCUGGCGCAUCUUCGAUCACUAUGAUACAAUUAAGAACUUGCGGAGCUUGCGGUACAUACAGACUUUGAAGCUUCUGCUGAAAUCUGGAGCCGAUCCUGCAAUGACCUGCAAUAUCGGGCAAUACGGCAGCGCACUUGCCGCUGCAGCAUUCUAUGGAAUGAAAGACAUGGUGGUGAUGAUGAUCAACGUCACUGGGAAGAAGCGGGCAAUCAAAUGCCUUCAGCAGAGCAGGUACCCCUCGGAGGUUAUGUUCACAGGAGAGGAAAGUGAUUCAGAGACAUGGAAGAAGAAUGUGGAAGAAACUGCAACAUAUCUUAUCGAUGAAGUGGGUGUGGACAAGAAGACGCUACGCAGCAUUGGCAUGCAAGAUAUCAAAUACAAGCACGGAUCACUUGUGGUUUACAUACAGGCAGUUGAGAGAAGCACUUCUAAUAUCGAGACCAUAUACGACAGCAUACGCGCUAGAGGAAGACGAGGGUCCGGAUAA